AUUGAUCCAGUAGGCUGAAGAGUGAAAACUGUAAGAGCCACCGUAUUCAUUUGAAACUAGAAAUAACAAUAUGUUCACAUUGUUGAGGAUAAAUUAUAAUCUUAAAUGAUUGUAUUGUCUUGAUAAAACAGUAGGUAUCUCUCUGAAACGUCCGGUAAUUUUUACAAAAAUGUGAGAUUUUUAUAUUACUACGAAAUAAUUGGUGAACUAUUAGUCAUUAAUGUUGUUGGCACGACGUUGAGAUAUGCUGAUCAGUGGAUAAUUACGAUAGGAAAAUGAAAUCCGACAAUCAACUGCCGGAAAGAAGGAUCCUUCCAUCUGAAGGCGACAGCAUUGAUUUAGAAGGUGUAGGAACGAGUUAUAAAAUGGGAGGUUUAGAUAUGGUAGAUACUAUUAGUCUUUACACCUUAAAAAUGCUCAGAGACAGUCGAUACUACGUUCAACAUCCAUAUUUUAGAAUAUUUGUGGCAUAUUUUGUUGUUUUCUGUAAUUUCCUUAUUUACGCCGAAGAUCCUGUCGCCCACAGCGUAUCUGAAUGUUCUCUUCCAGUUUUGGGUAAUGCUUUUUCGUUCGUGAUCAUUAGAUGGCCUGACGUUGCUGGCUAUGCUAUUUUAAAAGUUUUUAUGUCAACUUUGUUUCUUGGGUGUGGUAUGAUUUUUGGAAAAUACAUUAUUCACAAACGAUUCCUUAGUGGCUAUUUAAGAUUAUCGGCAUUUAGACAAAAUCAUGGAUCAUUUAUGGUCAUGUUUUUUACUACUAUUUUUUCGGCCUAUUUAGGCUCAUUGGUUUACAAUCUGUUUUUGAAAAGUGCUCCUAUGUACUCCGAAAGAGUUGAGGGUUGGAUGUCUUCAAAGUAUAUGGGGAUGUCAAAUGCAGUUUUUAUGAAAUUAGCUGCAUCGGGUACUUGGGCAGGAGAUUUGUUUACUGCUUGGAUGGUCACUGACGUGAUGCUUCAAGAAAAAUUCUAUCCCUCGUGGGCUCAAUCUUUAAGGCUUUGGUGGUCGACCAAAUAUAGAAGAAUAAUAGCAUUUUGGACGGUUAUUGUUAUUUCUUCGCUGUUUGUCGUCACUAUUAUAGCAACAGAUGUUGUUAGAUGGGAUGAGUUUAACAUGAAUAUUCUUCCCACCAAUGAACUUUCAAGAGCCUUUCUAGCUUCUUUUAUUCUUUGCUGUGAUUUGGUAAUAGUUGUUCAAGAUUGGGACUUUCCAAGGUUUAAUUCAAAUUUAGACGUCAAACUACCUGGUCUUACUAUAUCUGAAUUUAAAAUAACUCUACCGGCUAACCUAUCUAGGAUUGAAAUUAGUGGAAAAUGGUUCAAUUAUGGUAUUAUUUUUAUAGUCAUGCUGCUGGAUUUAAAUAUGUGGAAGAAUCAAAUAUUUUAUAAACCAUUAGAUUUCGGUCAAUAUGUAGGCGAAGACAGUAGAAUAUACACAGUUACAAAAGUUGAAUAUCUCACCAAUAAUCUCACGUAUGAAUACAGAAAAUCUCAUAUAAAUCCGCUAACGAAUGCGACAUUUGUAGAAGAUGACUGGGCAAUGAAUGCUAAAUUUGUCGGGUACAGUUUAGGGGUAAAAUGCAUUGCACUAAUUCCAAACGUAAUAGUCUUCCUUGCGUUUGGUUAUUCUGUCUAUUAUUUCGGAAGGCUUUCAGCAGAGCAGCCUGUGCGCUGUGUUAAAGUUAAGAAAAAGAAACCUAGACGAAUCGAAAGGUUUUUAAGCCAUUUUAGUAAAACUGGAACAGACGAUAUUGAUACGAGUAAGAUCUAAUUGCCAAUGUUACUUUCAACUAUUCUUUCUUUGCUGUAUUCGUAUAUAAACCUGCAUGUAUCUAUCCACACGCACUACCUGAUUUACAUUACACACAUGAACACACUCAUACAUACGUUCAUACGCACAUUCAUAUACUGAAAUAUACCCAAAUAUGAAAUCAAUAUUUUUUUAUGAAAAACAAAAGAAACAUUUUUUACAUUUUGUUUUUCUUUUAUUGAAAAUUAUGAAUAACUUCCUGUAUUUUUAAAGUCUUAUUUCUAUUGUUGAGAACUAUUUUAUGUUCAAAUUAGUUUGUUUUAGUGACAAUGAAAAUGAAUUGUUUUUAAUAAAAAAGAAAACGAAAAAACAAAAAUAGUGUUAAGAAUAUAUAGUCUUAUGGAUGCUGUUUGCCCUAUAGAGCGUAGGUGGUUAGAGAUAAAUGAGAGUCGUUGAAGGGGUGAAGACUGGUGGAGGCAGUGAAAACUAGAAGAGUAAAUAAUUC